UUUUUCACCAUAUGGGUGCAUAGAAGAUUUUAGAGAAUACAAAAAAACGAUUUUGUGGAUAUUUUGCAAGCCAGUUGGACAUUUAUAAUUAAAUGGAUGAUAAUAAGUGACAAAUGUUUAAAAGAGGAAACAGGACACUAUAUUUGAAAUAAUUAUUUUGUGAAGUGUAAAGAAAGAAAUAUGAAAAUUGUUCAUGUACGCUGAGACGUCAAUAUAACUCGCGAAAAAUGACUUCGUUUUUGGUGUGGUGAGAUGUAAAUUAAAGAACUUUUUGAGUGCUUAUUAAAAAAAUUAAAGAAUGUGAAUGUAUAAUUUGCAAAUAAAGUAAUUGCAACAAUUUAUUAAUAUUAACAUGAGCAAUGCCUUCGGCAAGGCCAGGCAGUCUUAAAGAUCCAGAAAUAGCCGAUCUAUUUAACAAACAUGACCCAGAAAAAAUAUUUGAAGAUUUGCGCGAAAUUGGUCAUGGAUCAUUCGGCGCAGUCUAUUAUGCACGAUGCAAUCUCACUAAAGAAAUUGUGGCCAUUAAGAAGAUGUCUUAUACGGGUAAACAAAGUCUAGAAAAAUGGCAGGAUAUUUUGAAAGAAAUAAGAUUUCUACGUCAAUUAAAUCAUCCAAAUACAAUAGAGUAUAAAGGAUGUUACCUACGAGAAUCUACAGCGUGGCUUGUGAUGGAAUAUUGCGUUGGUUCGGCUUCAGACAUUAUCGAGGUGCAUAAAAAACCGUUACAUGAAGAUGAAAUAUCGGCAAUAUGUGACGGUGUACUUAGUGGUCUUAGCUAUCUACAUAGUCUUGGACGAAUUCAUCGGGACAUAAAGGCAGGAAAUAUACUUCUCACUGAUAAUGGAAUUGUAAAGUUAGCUGAUUUUGGGAGCGCAGCAAUUAAGUGUCCAGCGAAUAGUUUUGUUGGCACACCAUAUUGGAUGGCACCAGAAGUUAUUCUAGCCAUGGAUGAAGGACAAUAUGAUGGAAAGGUGGACGUUUGGUCAUUGGGUAUAACAUGCAUUGAACUAGCUGAAAGGAAACCUCCAUACUUCAAUAUGAAUGCAAUGUCUGCUCUAUAUCAUAUUGCGCAAAAUGAAUCACCAACAUUGCCGAAAAAUGACUGGUCGGAUACAUUUUGUAACUUUGUUGAUUUGUGUCUUAAAAAAAUGCCCGCAGAAAGACCAUCUUCUACUAAGCUUUUGACACAUGCUUAUGUUACAAGGACACGAUCAGAAACAGUACUUUUAGAGUUAAUUGCGCGUACCAAAUCUGCUGUUCGUGAGUUAGAUAAUUUGAAUUAUCGAAAAAUGAAAAAAAUUCUUAUGGUUGAUACAUGUGAGACUGAAAGUGCCAUUGGCGAUACAGACGACACACAAGAUGAACACGCCGGCGGUGAUAGCAGUAAAAGUAAUAGUAUUACUUCAGAACACUCCAUACCAUCUAUGGGCAUAUCAGCGGCCAGUAGUCAAGUAAGCUCCUCAUCAAAUUCAAUUCCGGCUGCCCAAAAUCAUGUGAUUGCUGCUGCCCAACAACAACAUCAGCUUGCUGCAAAUUAUCAUCAUCAGGCGGCACAAGUGUCAGUUGCUGUUGCAAGUGGUGCCGUUUCCCGUAAUCCCUCUCGUCAUCGUAACUUACCGCCUUUACCUAGCAUUAUGCACAGCAUGAAUAAUAACGUUACGCCUACAAAUUCCACGUCUGUUGUGCCAGCACCACCAGUUCCUGUAAUGUCGAUGCCAACAAUGACACAUGUUCAAAGCAGCAGUGGAUCCCCUGCAACUAGUUGCAACGUUGGAGGAACCAGUGAACGUCUACCUAUACAGCGAUAUUUGUCGUCACCUGCUGCAUCUACAGCUGCUUAUUCUGCAUCACCUUCACAACAAGCAAUUUCCAAUGUAGUCAACGAACAUGGACCAAACAAUUUUGCAACCAUACGCACGACAAGUAUUGUUACUAAACAACAAAAGGAACAUAUGCAGGAGGAGAUGCAUGAGCAAAUGUCUGGAUACAAACGAAUGCGUCGUGAACACCAAAGUGCUUUGUUGAAGCUUGAAGAGAAAUGUAAAGUUGAAAUGGAAACGCAUAAAACCGCAUUGGAUAAAGAAUAUGACUAUUUGUUGCAUAAUUUUACUAGAGAACUUGAAAGACUUGAGACGAAGCAUCAACAAGAUUUGGAACGUCGAAUGAAACAAACUACUGCUGCAGAAAAAAAACUACACAAAGAAAUUUCCCUUAAGCAAGAGAACGAUCGCAAAGCUUUUGAUCUUAAUCGAAAGAAAGAAUACAAAGCAAAUAAAGAGCGAUGGAAACGUGAAUUAUCAAUGGAUGAAUCGACACCUAAGCGACAACGAGAUUUGACUUUGCAAUCCCAAAAAGAUAACCUGAAACAAGCUGAAGCACAGGAAGAGCAGCGUUUGCUUAAACUACAAAAACAGCAUAUCGAUGUUGAAAUGCGUAAAUUCAAAAGAAGACGCAUGAUCUUAUUACACGAACUGGAAGAUCAGUUAUUACGAGAUGAGUUAAGUAAGAAACAACAACAACUAGAACAGGCACAUGCAAUGUUACUAAAACAUCAUGAAAAAACACAAGAACUAGAAUAUCGUCAACAAAAAAGUGUUCAUCAGUUACGAGAAGAACAAAUAAAUAAACAACACGAUACAGAAUUACAAAACCAAAAAGAUUAUAUGGAACGCGUAAAGAAAGAACUGCUUCGAAAGCAUGCGCUAGAGAUAAGGCAGCAUCCAAAAAGCCUUAAGCAAAAAGAACUGCAAAUUCGGAAGCAGUUUCGGGAAACGUGUAAAACACAAACAAAGCAAUAUAAACGGUAUAAAGCACAAAUACUGCAGACAACACCAAAAGAACAACAGAAGGAAGUUAUUAAGCAACUAAAAGAAGAAAAGCAUCGUAAACUGACAUUGCUCGGAGAACAGUAUGAACAAAGUAUAGCUGAUAUGUUCCAAAGUCAGAGUUAUAAACUGGAUGAAAGUCAAGUAAUUGAGUGCCAACGUACUAACGAAUUAUUAGAAUAUGAAUUAGAAGUGCUCACUGCCUAUCAAAAUAAAAACAAAAAACAAGCUCAAGAGCAGCGGGAUCGUGAACGACGAGAACUAGAAAACCGGGUUAGCGUGAGAAGGGGUUUAUUGGAAAGUAAGAUGGAGGCUGAGCUGCAGCAGUUCAAUCAAGAGCGAGCAGAACGUUUACGAAUGAAGCAUGAAAAGCAUGCUAAAGAACUAGAAGCAUUCGAUGAAGAAUCAGCUGCGUUAGGUUUCAGCGAAUUGUCUCUUAACGAAGUUUCACGCGAGACAUACCCUGACGAAGAGGGUAGCCUGUCUGGAUCAAUGAUAAGUUUAGCACAUAGUAAUAGUUCUACUAGUUUUCCGGCUGGUUCCCUAUAGCAUAUAAAAUGAUGAUGAAAAAAGCCAAUUAAAAGAAAACACGACAUUAAGGCAAGUCGAAAACAUUGAGUGUUAGUUUCUUCAAUGUGAAAAUAAAGUUUAUAUUAAAUAAUAUAUGAGUAACAAAUUAAUUAUAAAUCGAAAAUUAUUAUACAUAUGAUUUUAGACAAAUUAAAAUUUAAUUAUCGGUAAAGCGAGAACUAAUAUACAAAGUUUUUUUAAAAGAAAGAAUACUUACAUCCGUACGUAUAAUUUGGACUGUGUUGUAACAACUCUGCGACAGAUUUACGAACAAUAAUUCGAAAAA